UCAAACUCAAAACUUCAUCCCCUACAAAGAGUUGUAUAAAAAGCUCAUUUUCUUUCUCUCUUGCUCAGUUUCCUUCCAACGAUAUGGCUAUUCGUUUCCCUUCUAUGCUCGCUCAUGCGAAGCAAAUUCUUUCCAGAAAUCAGCAAGUAGUUCCAAAAGGAUAUAUCCCAGUUUAUGUAGGAGAACAAGCUGAAAAGAAGAGAUAUGUGGUGCCACUUUCAUACUUAAGUCACCCUACAUUCCAGAACUUGCUACAACGUGCUGAAGAAGAGUUCGGGUUUAAUCAUCCUAUGGGUUGUCUGACGAUUCCUUGCACUGCAGAAACAUUCUUUAGACUAACUUCUGAACUCAAGUGCUAAGGGAAUGAUAUGAAGAACAACUAACCAGCAAUGUUUCACUGACUAUUCUAAUUAUUUUAGGGAUUUUUUGUUUUCUUCCCUUAAAAAUGUUUAUUAACCCAGUAUCAAUCAAUACUGUACAGAUUACAGUGUACUUUUUUCCCCCUAUCUGCAUCAUUCAGAAGGGUGGCUUAAUAUAUUUUUUCAAGGAGUUGAAUUUCUAACUAUUGCCUGUACUUCUCAGUACUUUUCUAGUGUAUCAAAUUU